CACACAAUCAAACCAACGGGGUACAGUAGCACCAUUAGCAGCGUACAUUGAAAAUUUUGUAUUUCUAUGUGUCGCUGACAUCCAUGAUGGGUGGUCACUGCUAAGAAUCAAAAAUUAAAAGAGAAAAAAAAUAUUGUGCUGUAAAAUUCCUGUAAGAAAAAGAAACAAAUCGAAAUCAAAACGAAUUUUCACAAAACCCAAAAUCAUUGUGUGAAUGGUAAAAGGCUGUUCAAAAUAGCGACACCGAAAUCGAACGAAGAGGAAAGAAAAAAAAAAACACUAAAUUUUGCGUUAGUAGUGAAGGAGACGAUAAGAAAGCGGUGAAAAUUAUAAUUGAGAAAAUACACAGCGAAAGCAAACAUAAUCUGCUAGUUCAGAUCUAGGAAUUUCACAUUCAAGUGUAAGAGAACCACAGUUUUUUCGGAGAACUAUCAAGUUGGAUAAGUGAACAAGAGCAGCCAAAAAUGUCGCAACCAUUGCCCAUUCGUUUCCAAGAGCAUUUACAGCUCACAAAUGCCGGCAUCAAUGCGAAUUCCAUUUCGUUUACGACGCUCACCAUGGAGUCGGACAAAUUUAUUUGUGUGCGUGAAAAAGUCGGCGACAAUAAUCAGGUAGUUAUCAUCGAUAUGAAUGACACGGCCAAUCCAAUUCGUAGACCGAUUAGCGCCGACUCAGCAAUCAUGAAUCCAGCAAGCAAAGUCAUUGCCUUGAAAGCUGCAAAAACCCUACAAAUUUUCAACAUUGAAAUGAAAUCGAAAAUGAAGGCGCACACAAUGACAGAGGAAGUGGUGUUCUGGAAGUGGAUAUCAUUAAAUUCGUUAGCGCUUGUGACGGAAACAUCAGUGUAUCACUGGUCGAUGGAGGGUGAUUCAACACCUCAAAAGAUGUUCGAUCGGCAUGCAACGCUGAACGGUUGCCAAAUCAUCAACUAUCGCACCGAUCCAAAACAACAAUGGCUGUUGUUGGUUGGAAUUUCCGCAUUGCAACACCGUGUCGCUGGUAAUAUGCAAUUGUAUUCGGUUGAACGUAAAGUGUCGCAAGCAAUUGAGGGUCAUGCAGCCGCAUUUGCCACAUUCAAAAUGGAAAUGAAUCCAGAACCAUCGACUUUGUUCUGUUUCGCUGUGCGAUCGGCACAGGGUGGUAAAUUGCAUGUGAUCGAAGUUGGUACACCAACAACUGGUAAUUCACCAUUCACAAAGAAAGCGGUCGAUGUCUUCUUCCCGCCCGAAGCUCAAACUGACUUUCCGGUUGCAAUGCAAGUGUCCGCCAAAUAUGAUGUCAUCUACUUGAUCACGAAGUACGGUUACAUUCACAUGUACGACAUUGAAUCGGGCACAUGUAUAUUCAUGAAUCGUAUUUCGGCCGAUACCAUUUUUGUGACGGCACAACAUGAAUCCAGUGGCGGCAUCAUCGGCGUGAAUCGUAAGGGUCAAGUGCUAUCGGUGACCGUUGACGAAGAGCAAAUCAUUCCAUACAUUACGAAUGUACUACAAAAUACCGAUUUGGCCUUACGAAUGGCUGUGCGCAACAAUCUAUCGGGUGCUGAAGAUUUGUUUGUCCAACGUUUCAAUGCAUUGUUCCAGAAUGCACAGUACGCUGAAGCGGCCAAAGUGGCCGCAUUGGCACCGAAAGGCAUCCUACGAACGCCACAAACCAUUCAGAAAUUCCAACAGGUUCAAACGCCAGCGGGUGCCUCAUCACCACCGUUACUGCAAUACUUCGGUAUUUUGCUCGAUCAAGGCAAAUUGAAUAAGUAUGAGUCGUUAGAACUGUGCCGUCCGGUGUUGUUGCAGGGACGCAAACAACUGUGCGAAAAGUGGCUGAAGGAGGAGAAGCUUGAAUGCAGCGAAGAAUUGGGCGAUUUGGUGAAACCAACCGAUUUGACAUUGGCCUUGUCCAUUUACUUGCGUGCAAACGUACCGAACAAAGUGAUCCAGUGCUUCGCCGAAACUGGCCAAUUCCAAAAGAUCGUAUUGUAUGCCAAGAAAGUUAACUAUACACCUGACUACGUCUAUUUGUUGCGUUCGGUGAUGCGAACCAAUCCGGAGCAGGGUGCCAGCUUUGCUGGUAUGCUUGUCGCUGAUGAGGAACCAUUGGCCGAUAUUAAUCAAAUCGUAGACAUUUUCAUGGAACAAAAUAUGGUGCAACACUGUACCGCCUUCUUAUUGGAUGCGCUGAAACGGAAUCUACCACAAGAGGGUGCGCUUCAAACGCGCUUAUUGGAAAUGAACUUGUUGUCAGCACCACAAGUUGCCGACGCUAUUCUAGGCAAUUCAAUGUUCACCCAUUACGAUCGCGCACACAUCGCUCAACUGUGCGAAAAAGCCGGCUUAUUGCAACGCGCUCUGGAGCAUUACACCGAUUUGUAUGACAUCAAACGUGCUGUGGUCCAUACCCAUUUGUUGAACGCUGAUUGGCUCGUCGGCUUCUUUGGCACACUUUCCGUCGAAGAUUCAUUAGAAUGCCUGAAAGCCAUGCUUACCGCUAACAUUCGCCAGAAUUUGCAAAUUUGCGUUCAAAUCGCCACGAAAUACCACGAACAAUUGACCACAAAGUCGUUGAUUGACUUGUUCGAGAACUUCAAGAGCUACGAAGGUUUAUUCUACUUCUUGGGCUCGAUUGUCAACUUCAGCCAAGAUUCUGAGGUGCACUUCAAGUACAUUCAGGCCGCCUGCAAGACCAACCAGAUCAAGGAAGUCGAACGCAUUUGCCGUGAAUCGAAUUGCUACAAUCCCGAACGUGUUAAGAACUUCUUGAAGGAAGCCAAACUCACCGAUCAAUUGCCAUUGAUCAUUGUUUGCGAUCGCUUUGAUUUCGUGCACGAUUUGGUGUUGUAUUUGUACCGUAACAACUUGCAAAAGUACAUUGAAAUCUAUGUGCAAAAGGUGAAUCCAUCACGGUUGCCAGUCGUUGUCGGUGGAUUGCUCGAUGUCGAUUGCUCUGAGGAUAUCAUCAAAAACUUGAUUCUGGUCGUCAAAGGUCAAUUCUCUACCGAUGAAUUGGUCGAAGAGGUCGAGAAACGUAAUCGUUUGAAGUUGCUUUUGCCGUGGUUGGAAUCACGUGUGCACGAAGGAUGCGUCGAACCAGCAACGCACAAUGCAUUGGCCAAGAUUUACAUCGAUUCAAACAACAAUCCAGAGCGUUUCUUGAAGGAGAAUCAAUAUUAUGACAGCCGUGUGGUUGGUAAAUACUGCGAAAAACGUGAUCCACACUUGGCAUGCGUUGCAUACGAACGUGGACAAUGCGAUCGUGAAUUGAUUGCUGUAUGCAAUGAAAAUUCACUGUUCAAAUCGGAAGCACGCUACUUGGUGCGUCGUCGUGACACCGAUUUGUGGGCUGAAGUACUAUCCGAAAGCAAUCCAUACAAGCGCCAAUUGAUCGAUCAAGUGGUGCAAACCGCUUUGUCGGAAACUCAAGAUCCCGAUGAUAUUUCGGUCACCGUCAAGGCAUUCAUGUCAGCCGAUUUGCCAAACGAAUUGAUUGAAUUGCUUGAGAAGAUCGUUUUGGAUUCAUCGGCCUUUUCCGAUCAUCGUAACUUGCAAAAUCUCUUGAUUUUGACCGCUAUCAAAGCCGACAACACUCGUGUCAUGGACUACAUCAACCGUUUGGACAACUAUGAUGCUCCGGAUAUCGCGAACAUUGCGAUCGGCAAUCAAUUGUACGAAGAAGCGUUCGCUAUUUUCAAGAAGUUCGAUGUCAACACCUCAGCCAUUCAAGUGUUGAUUGAACAUGUCAACAAUUUGGAGCGCGCCAACGAAUUUGCUGAACGUUGCAACGAGCCAGCCGUUUGGUCACAAUUGGCAAAGGCACAAUUGCAACAAGGCUUGGUGAAAGAAGCUAUCGAUAGCUACAUCAAAUCCGAUGACCCAAGCGCAUACAUGGACGUCGUUGAAACGGCCAGCAAAGCCAAUUCGUGGGAUGAUUUAGUGCGUUACUUGCAAAUGGCACGCAAGAAGGCACGCGAAAGUUACAUUGAAAGUGAGUUGAUCUACGCCUAUGCUCGAACUGGCCGCUUUGCCGAUUUGGAAGAGUUCAUUUCGGGACCAAACCAUGCUGAUAUCCAGAAAAUCGGCGACCGAUGCUUCAACGAUGGCAUGUACGAUGCAGCCAAGCUCCUCUACAACAAUGUCAGCAAUUUUGCUCGUUUGGCCAUCACAUUGGUUCACCUGAAGGAAUUCCAAGGCGCUGUGGAUAGUGCACGCAAAGCCAACUCGACACGUACAUGGAAAGAAGUGUGCUUUGCCUGUGUCGAUGCGCAAGAAUUCCGUUUGGCACAAAUGUGCGGUCUUCAUAUUGUCGUUCAUGCCGAUGAGCUCGAAGAUUUGAUCAACUAUUACCAAGAUCGCGGCCACUUUGAUGAGUUGAUUGCUUUGUUGGAAGCUGCUUUGGGCUUGGAACGCGCUCACAUGGGCAUGUUCACCGAAUUGGCCAUUCUCUAUUCGAAAUACAAACCAUCGAAGAUGCGCGAACAUUUGGAAUUGUUCUGGUCACGGGUCAAUAUUCCAAAGGUGUUGCGUGCCGCUGAAUCGGCUCAUUUGUGGUCGGAAUUAGUAUUUUUGUACGACAAAUAUGAGGAAUACGAUAAUGCUGUGCUCGCCAUGAUGGCUCAUCCAACUGAAGCAUGGAGAGAAGGUCACUUCAAAGACAUCGUCACUAAAGUAGCCAACAUUGAAUUGUAUUACAAAGCAAUCCAAUUCUAUUUGGACUACAAACCAUUACUGUUGAACGAUAUGCUAUUGGUAUUGGCACCACGUAUGGAUCACACACGAGCUGUUAGCUUCUUCACGAAAACUGGUCAUUUGCAACUUGUAAAACCGUACUUGCGCUCUGUGCAAACGCUUAACAACAAGGCAAUCAAUGAAGCUUUGAACGAACUACUGAUCGACGAAGAAGACUACCAAGGACUACGUACAUCAAUCGAUGCAUUCGACAACUUUGAUAACAUUGCACUCGCACAGCGAUUAGAGAAACACGAACUCACUGAAUUCAGACGCAUUGCCGCAUACUUGUACAAAGGCAACAACCGCUGGAAGCAAAGUGUUGAACUCUGCAAAAAGGAUCGCUUGUUCAAAGACGCAAUGGAAUAUGCCGCCGAAUCAGGAAAACAAGAGAUUGCCGAAGAGCUAUUGGGAUGGUUCUUGGAACGUAAAGCAUUUGAUUGCUUCUCCGCCUGCCUUUAUCAAUGUUAUGAUCUAUUGCGACCCGACGUCAUCAUGGAACUGGCAUGGAGACACAAGAUCAUGGAUUUUGCAAUGCCGUACAUGAUUCAGGUAAUGCGAGAUUUAACCACAAAGGUGGAAAAAUUGGAAGCAAGUGAUGCACAACGACAAAGGGACGGUGAACAAACGGAAGAGAAACCAAUCAUUUUGCCUGAGCCACAGCUGAUGAUCACGGCCGGUCCAAUGGGCAUGGUACCACCGCAAUACGGUUACGGUAACGUUCCACAACCAACAGUUGCUUAUCAACAACAGCAUCCAUACCAAGGAUAUGGCAUGUAAAAACAUCAUUAACUCAGCAGAAAUAAAAAUAAUAAAAAUAACGCAACGUGCAAAUUAGAGAGCAUCAACUGGUUUAUCUAACGUUUAAUCAGAAUCAAACAACAAAAACACACACACACACACAAGAAAUUUUGAAAAUUAAAUUAAUCAUGUUUGACGUAAAAUCAUAGCGAAAGAUGUACAAAAAAAAGAAGCGGGAAUAUUGAGUAUCUGUUUUUCUUUUUUUGUGUCGAAAUUAUGGAACCAGUUUGAAGGCCACUUUUGUGACACCUGAGACAAAGUCUUGCACAGCAUUUAGUUUCCAUUAGAAUAAAGAGAAGAAAAAAAUACACAAGUGAAGGUGAACAAAAAAUAUGAUAAAAAAUCUAAGCUGUAGUAUCAAUAACCUUCUUCACGGAUUUAGUUUCGUCUGUUUAAAUUAAUUCUGAAUUAACUUUUGUUUCAAUAGAAAUACGUUGCCGCCGUUGUGUCAAGAAUUAAUGAAAAAAAUUGUCAACUUUUGCUAAUUAAUAAUAUUAUUCUGCAUAGAAAUCGAGUUCUGUACAUUUAGAGAGAUAUGUUAAUGUUUAUGUUAUAUUCAAAAUAAUAUUGAAAACAAAAAGUCCUACACACAUUUAUAUAUAAAAAAACAACAACAAAAACAACAGCCCAUAAGCUUUGUUCAAAUAAGAACCAAGCGUUCGAAUCGAACACUCUGUACGGCACACAUACACAACACUUUCCAAUAGCUACAGUGAAAGAUGGUCCGACAACCCCUUUCAUAUUCUAUUACAACAUUAUAUAACUUUAUCGUUUAAGGCAAUUUAAAUUGAUUUUAAAUAAAGUAUAUUUCUAUCAAUAAA